AUGAGUGAUUACAUACUCCGCAAGAGACAAAGAUUUUUAGGUCACUUAAAUCUAGAACUGGACGAUGAGACCCUUGAGCAAUACACUUUAAUCGAAGUGGAAAAGUUGAUGCGGAUGCAUAACCGCUCGAUAAGUGAUAUUAAAGGUAUGCCUAAGAUCCAACCUGUUUUGCUAAAAGAAUUGGGGAACAGUUUGUGGACCCAAGAAAUGGAUUAUGAUGUUGCAGAGGAAACUUUGAGACAUGACACACAGUACACCCUUCUUAAUGCUGAUCAGCGUGCGAUUUACAAAUCAGUCUUAGACUCCGUUGAGAAAAAGGACGGAAAACUAUUCUUCGUUUAUGGCGCAUGGGGCACAGGAAAAACAUUCCUAUACCGAACCAUUAUAUCCAGACUUCGCUCUAGAAAACAAAUCGUUCUACCGGUUGCGUCUUCAGGGAUAGCCGCAUUGCUCCUACCUAACGGAAGAACAGCUCAUUCCCGCUUUAAUAUUCCUUUGAAGCUUUCUGAAGACAAGCUAUGCAACAUCAAACCAAGUACAAUGCUAGCUGAGCUAAUCGAGAAAACGGAUCUCAUAAUUUGGGAUGAGGCACUUAUGACUCAUAAGCAUGCUUUUGAAGCAUUAGACAAGACGUUGAAGGAUAUAAUGUCCAAGAAAAAUCCUCGUGCAAAGGAUAUGACUUUUGGUGGAAAAACAGUUUUGUUGGGUGGUGAUUUUAGACAGAUUUUACCAGUAAUUCUACAAGGAAGUAGGGCUGAUACUGUCUUAGCUUCAAUAGGUCAUUCCUAUCUAUGGGAUAGCUGCCACAAGUUCUCUUUAAAAAUAAAUAUGCGAGUCAAUCAGGACGAGAAGGAGUUCUUAGAGUGGCUGCUUAAAGUCAGGGAAGGUCAACCACAAUCAUCAGCAGAUGAUGAAGAUGAUGGUUACCAUGAGCAAAUGAUAACUGUCGACGACUCAUUGGUUCAACAGACGAUAGAUGACCCUUUAAAACAAGUUGUUGAGGCCGCAUAUGGAGACAUCAACAAAAUAAAGAUCUCUCAAAGCUCUUACACCGAUAGAGCUAUCCUCACUCCCCGCAAUGAAACAGUUGAUGAAAUCAAUGCAUACACAAUCUCUAACACAGACGGAGAAUCAAGAGAUUACUUCAGCUGUGAUAGUUUUGAGAUUUCAGAUACUCAAUCUGAUCAAAAUGAUGCCUUAUAUGCGAUUGAGUAUCUCAAUUCUCUGGAAUACUCAGGAUUGCUUUCUCAUAAACUCACUCUAAAAGUUGGGGCCCCAGUUAUGCUUCUGCGAAACAUAAAUCAGAAAAAAGGAUUAUGCAACGGUACCCGUAUGAUCCUAACCUAUGUAGGCGAACGAGUGCUUAAGGCAGACAUAGUCACUGGCUCACACGUUGAACACGAAGUUUUGAUCCCAAAGAUUGCUCUCCUACAUGAGGAAACAAAGUUAACGUUCACCUUACGUCGUAGGCAAUUUCCUAUCAGAUUGUGUUACGCAAUGACAAUCAACAAAAGUGAAGGACAAAGUUUAAAGGAGGUUCUCUUAUAUCUGCCUAAACCAGUGUUCGCACAUGGGCAACUUUAUGUGGCUCUCUCACGUGUAACAAGCAAAUCAGGACUAAAAAUCAUUAAAGCGAGAGAUCAGCAUCCACAAAAAGUGAAGAACAUAGUUUACAAAGAGAUCUUUAACCGUCUUCGUUCCCAUGAAAGUAAGUAA